GGGCGGGGCGCGCGGGAGGGGAGGCGGGUCCGCGCCGCCGCCGUCCGCACCGCCCCGCCCUUGGCCCCGCCGCUCGCUCGGCUCCGCUCCCUGCCUCCGCGUUGCAGCCCCCGCCGUAGCCGCCUCCGAGCCCGCCGCCACAUCCUCUGAGCAGAAGAUGGCUGUGCCACCCACGUAUGCCGAUCUUGGCAAAUCUGCCAGGGAUGUCUUCACCAAGGGCUAUGGAUUUGGCUUAAUAAAGCUUGAUUUGAAAACAAAAUCUGAGAAUGGAUUGGAAUUUACAAGCUCAGGCUCAGCCAACACUGAGACCACCAAAGUGACGGGCAGUCUGGAAACCAAGUACAGAUGGACUGAGUAUGGCCUGACGUUUACAGAGAAAUGGAACACCGACAAUACACUAGGCACCGAGAUUACUGUGGAAGAUCAGCUUGCACGUGGACUGAAGCUGACCUUCGAUUCAUCCUUCUCACCUAACACUGGAUACUUAUUAGAGGGAGGAUCUACCAAGUGCAGACCUGUGCUGGGUGUGCAGUGCACACAAGUGAUUGGGCACACAGGGUUCCUACCCUCUGGAGAUGUCUUCUUAUAGCCUGGCUAUAGAUGAUCUGAAGAGACCAUUGUUACGGGGCUGAUUUACUCUCAUUCCUCUUCGCUGCUGUAGUUUCUCCUGCAAGAGCACUGCCUUUUUGCAGUGCUGUGCACUCUCCCCCCAGGAACUCUGCCAUGGUAUCAGGGAGUGGUUAUCCAGAAAGAUCCUGGGAUAGGAUGAGGGGCUGGAGGAUGUGCCCACAUGCUUGAAUUUGCUGCCUGGGACUUUGCCUGCUGCCCUGGGAUAGCACACUUUGGAAUUUGUAGGCGAUUUCCUUUCCAUGACCUUAGGGAGCUUUGCAGAGGUCUCCAGGCCCUGCAGUAUAAAACACAAAGGAAAGUUUUUUGUUUUUUUGUUUUUUGGGUUGAGGGGGACGGAGUCUUGCUCUGUCACCCAGGCGGCAGAGCAGUGGUGUGAUCUCAGCUCACUGCAACCUCCUCCUCCCGGGUUCAAGUGAUUCUUCUGCCUCAGCCUCACAAGUAGCUGGGACUACAGACACGGGCCACCAUGCCUGGCUAAUUUUUGUAUUUUUAGUGGAGACGGGGGUUUCACCAUAUUGGCCAGGCUGGUCUUGAACUUCUGACCUCGUGAUCCGCCUGCCUCGGCCUCCCAAAGUGCUGGGCAGAUUCAUGUGUUUCUCCUGCCUCGGCCUCCCAAAGUGCUGGGCAGAUUCAUGUGUUUCUCCUGCCUCAGCCUCCCGAGUAGCUGGGAUCACAGGAAUGCACCACCAUACCCAGCUAAUUUUGUAUUUUUAAUAGAGGCAGGGUCUCUCCAUGUUGGUCAGGCUGGUCUUGAACUCCUGACCUCAGGUGAUCUGCCCACCUCAGCUUCCUAAAGUGCUGGGUUUACAGGCGUGAGCCACCACACCCGCCCUUUUUUUAAAAAUUUACUUUUUAUUUCAAAAUAAUUUUAUACUUAGAAAAAAAUGUGGUAAAAAUAGUAUGCAGAGUUCUCCUGUGUUCUUCACCCAGCUCCUAAUGUUUAUGGCGUACGUAACUAUAAUGAUCAGAAUCAGCAAGUUAAUGUUGAUAUCAUGUAGUUAAUCUGUUGUCACAAUGACGUCUUUUUUCUGAUCUGUGAUCCAGUUCAGUUUCCUAAAUUGCAUCUAAUUGUUAAGUCUUCUCUAAUCUGGAAUAUUUUCUGACUCUGACACUUUUGAAAAAGAGUGGCCAAUUAUUUUGUUAAGAUGUCCCUCCCUCAGUUUGGAUUUGUCUGAUGCUUCCUUAUGAUUAAAUUUAGGUUAUGCAUUUUUGGCAACUGUGGAAGUUGUUGUGUUAUAUUCUUCUCAGCACCUGAUAUUAGGAAGAAUAUAUCAGUAGGCCUCAUUUUUGGUGAUCAGUUUUGAAGUGGUAUCUGCCAACUCUCUUCACUGUAAAGUUACUAUUUUUCUCUUUGCAAUUAGUAAGUAUCUUGUGGGUAGACACUUUGAGACUAUGCAGGUAUUCUAUUUCUCAUCAUACUUUUGCUCACAAAUAGUAACAUCCAUUGGUGAUUCUUGCCUGCAACAGUUACGCUUGGCAAAUGGUGACUGGAGUGCAGUGGUGCGAUCCUGGCUGACUGCAAUCUCUGCCUCCUGGGCUCCAGCAGUGCUCCUUCCUCAGCCUCCCAAGUAGCUGGGACCACAGGCGUGUGCCACCAAGCCCAAUUAAUUUUUGUAUUUUUAGUAGAGAUGAGAUUUCACCAGGUUGGCCAGGCUGGUCUAGAACUCCUGAGCUCAAGCGAUCCACCCGUCUCAGCCUCCCAAAUUGUUGGGAUUACAGGCGUGAGCUACCACGCCUGGCUACAAAUGGUGAUUUUCUUUUCUUUUUUGUUUUUUUGAGAUGGGGUCUCACUGUCACCCAGGCUGGAGUGAGUGGUGUGAUCUCGGCUCAUUGCAACCUCUGCCUCCCAGGCUCAAGGGAUCCUCCCUCCUCGGCCUCCCCAGUAGCUGGGACUACAGGUGCCUGCCACCACCCCUGGCUGAUUUUUAUGUUUUUGAUAGAGACAGUGUUUCACCAUGUUGCUCAGUCUGGUCUCGAACUCCUGAGCUCAAGUGAUCUGCCCCCCAACCUUGGCCUCCCAAAAUUCUGGGAUUAAGGUGUGAGCCACCACACCUGGCCUCAAAUGGUAAUUUUCUAUUGCCAUCCUUCCUUCACUUGUUAAUUGGUAUUCUACUGUAAGGAAGAGCUAUUCCUUCUUCCCCAUGUGUUUAUUUAAUCAAUUAUUUAUUUAUAUUAGUAUAGAUGCAUGGACAUUAACUCUAUGGGCUAUAAUCCACAGUGUCAUUUAUUUUGUUGCUCAAGUUGUCCCAGAUAGGGGCUUUGGGAGAAUACCUUCUGUGUGCUUUUUGACAAACGUCUGUCGUUUUUCAGAGCAUGUCUUUAUUUCUGGUUUUAGAAAGUGUACCACGCUCAUCUAGUACUUGUUUUUCCCCAGUCCUGCUAUCUGCCGUUUCUCCAAGGAGCCUUGGUUCUUCAUGUUGGAGAAUGAUAUUUAGAAACUAAGAUUGUGGGCCUGGCGUGGGGGCUCAUGCCUGCAAUCUUAGCACUUUGGGAUGCCGAGGCAGGUGGAUCACGAGGUCAGGUGUUUGAGACCAGCCUGGCGAAAGCUUGUCUGUACUAAAAAUACAAAAAUUAGCUGGGCGUAGUGGCACGCACCUGUAAUCCCAGCUACUCAGGAGGCCAAGGCAGGAGAAUCGCUUGAACCCGGGAGGUGGAGGUUGCAGCAAGCUGAGAUGGUACCAUUGCACUCCAAUGAGGGCGACAGAGCAAGACUCCGUCUCAAAAAAAAAAAAAAAAAAAAAAAAAAACCACUAAAAUUCUGGGUGCUAGAUGUACAUAUUGCUACUGGGUAUUUGAGGAAAGUUCUGGUGAUGCAUCAUGGAGAUUAGAAAUGAAAGCUGGCUUUCCAAAGUGACUGAGGGUACAGCCUGGGAAAACACCUGGCUCCCAGGAGGAGUGGAGUGUAGACCACAUCUGGAUGAGGCCACAGACCUCAAUAAGGACCAGCACCCACACUGAGUAUCCACCACAAAUAAAGCUUGCUUGUUAACCACAAAUCAGUCAGGCCUCUCUUGGGUGCUUGUCAAAUUAGCACUACUGUUGAAAGAGCUUAAAAAUAAAUCCCAAUAAUAUCUGAAAGAGGAAGACUCCACAGACAUGGUGUGUAGUGUUAGAAAGAGACCUGGAGAGAAGCCUGAGCCACUCCCAAGCACGGCCCUUUCUCUUGGGGAUCGUGCGCCCUGGCCAGAAUCCAGUGAGACGGUGGGGGUGCCAUGUAAACUGGUGCAGGUGGUGCACAGCACUGGUCAGAGGCCCUGCCAUAGGCAUCAUAGUUUGUGAACAUCAGCAGCUUUUUAUUAAAAAUUGAAAAAGGAGGUGGUUAGAAGAUGCCUGAUUUUAUAUUUCUUUUUCCCUUUCUAAAUGUCAGCCUCUCAGUAGCUGUCUAAUCAUCAGUCAUCUCAACCACCCUGGUGCCAAUCACAUACUUGGCUGAAACCCAGGCUUCUUUCCCCAAAGAGCAGGCAGAUGAAGCUAGGUUUCUUUUUUUUUCUUGAGACAUCUCGCUCUGUCGCUCAGGCUGGAGUGCAGUGACGUGAUUUCAGCUCACUGCAACCUCCACCUCCCGGGUUCAAGCAAUUCUCGUGCCUCAGCCUCCUGAAUAGCUGGGAUUACAGGCACAUGCCACCAUGUCCUGCUAAUUUUUGUAUUUUUAGUAGAGACAGGGUUUUUCCAUGUUGGCCAGGCUGGUCUCCAACUCCUGACCUCAAGUGAUCCGCCUUCCUUGGAGUGCUGGGAUUACAGGUGUGAGCCACUGCACCUGACCAGUUUUGGAUUUUUCUUAUUGAGAGAUAAUUUGGUUGUUACUCCUUUCCUUCAAACCUUGCCAAAAUGUACAGAAGUAACUUGAACAAAGUUGAGGUUAAGUUUCAUUGUCACUUGUUCUGUUGGUGAGGAGGUCUGUGCACACCUACCCCUAACUGCUGAGGGAGCUGAGCGGCCAAAGAAAGAGACUGACAAAUCAAGUUUCUCAGAAAGAAACAUUUAAUAGAGACUUACAAAUAGAAGCGAUGUCUCAAGCAGCCAAGAGACAGUGGAUCCCUGCAUUCAUCCUCCAGAAAGUAUUCUUUAUAUAGCAAGCUUUUAGAGUAAAGACAUGUGCAUGUCUUAGACCAUCUUGCAGAAAACUCUUGCAAACUUGUGACCAAAGGGAGGUUAGAUAAGCAUCUUUACUUUUUUAAUUUUUAUUUAUUUAUUUUUUGAGACAGUAUCACUCUGUCACCCGGGCUGGAAUGCAGAGGCGUGAUCUUGGCUCAUUGCAACCUCUGCCAAUGAGCCAAUCCAGCGAUUCUUCUGCCUCAGCCUCCUGAGUGUCUGGGACUGCAGGUGUGCGCCACCACACCCAGCUAAUUUUUGUAUUUUUAGUAGAGAUGGAGUUUUGCCAUAUUGGCCAGGCUGGUCUUGAACUCCUGACCUCAAGUGAUCCACCUGCCUUGGCCUCUAAAAGUGUUGGGAUUACAGGUGUGAGCCACUGUGCCCGGCUGGCAUUGUUUCUUUUAUGGGAUUGUCUAUGAUGCAUUCCUUGGUCGUCAUGGAUGUAUUAGGCUGUUCUUGCAUUGUUCUAAAGAAAUACCUGGGCAGGCAAGGUGGCUCACGCCUGUAAUCCCAGCAUUUUCGGAGGCUGAGGCAGGCAGAUUGCUUGAGCCCAGGAGUUGGAGACCGGCCUAGGUAACAUGGUGAAACCCCAUCUACAAACACAUGUAUACACACACACACGCACACACACACACUGGUAACAUGGUGAAACCCCAUCUACAAACACAUACACACACACACUAGCUGGUCAUUGUGGUGAGCGCCUAUAGUCUUGUCCUUGCAUUGCUCUAAAGAAAUACCUGGCCAGGUGAGGUGGCUCACACCUGUAAUGCCAGCAUUUUGGGAGGCUAAGGCAGGCAGAUUGCUUGAGCCCAGGAGUUGGAGACCAGCCUAGGCAACACGGUUAAACCCCGUCUACACACAUGCACACACACACUAGCUGGGCCUGGUGGUGUGCACCUAUAGUCAGUUCCAGCUACCUGGGAGGCUGAGGUGGGAGGAUCACCUGAGCUCAGGAGGUAGGGGCUGUAGUGAGCCAUGAUCGCAGCACUGCACUCUUGCCUGGACAACAGAGUGAGACCUUGUCUCAAAAAAAGAAAAAAAUACCUGAGGAUAGGUAAUUUAUGAAGAAAAGAGGUUCAGCUGGCUCAUGGUUCUGCAGUCUGUACGAGCAGAGCACAGGCAUCUGCUCGGCUUCUGGGAAGGCGUCAGGAAGCUUUUAGUCAUGGUGAUUGAUGAAGCAGGAGCAGGCACAUCACAUGGCAAGAGCAGGAGCAAGAGAGAGAGUGGUGGGGAGGUGCCACACGCAAACAACCAGAUCUCAUAACUCAUUAUUGUGAGGACAGCACCAAUCCAUGAGGGAUCCGCCCCCAUGAUCUAAUCAGCACUCAGCAGGUCCAGUAUUGGGGACUGCAUUUCAACAUGAGAUUUAGAGGGUACAGCAUCCAAACUGUAUCAGUGGUGGUUUUGCUUCAAGACAGUGUCACUCUUGCCAUGGAACAGGCUAUUUUCCUACAUCACUUGGGAGGGGUGCUGGCCUUAUUUUCAACUGUGACCUCUAAAAUUCUUGUCUCAUUGAGAAUUUGGAAUGUUUAACCUUUAUUUUUUUUAUGAGAAAUCUGAAACAUACAAAAAUAUACAGAAAAAUAUGUUUAACCCUCAUUCUAUUCCUAUUACACAGCUUUGAUAGUUACCAACCUGUGGCCAAUCAUGUUUUAUUUAUACAGCCAUAAAUAUAACACUCCUCCACACACAUAUUAUUUUAAGUAAAUAACAGCACUUAAUUUCAGCUGUAAAUAUUUUGUUAUGUAUCUUUAAAUGGCAAGAAUCCAUUUUAAAGGAGCAUAACCAUGAUAUUAUUAUUAUAUUGAAAAAAGUUGAUCAUUUCUUUUUUUUUAAAGAUGGAGUUUCACUCUUGUUGCCCAGGCUGGAGUGCAAUGGUGCAAUCUCAGCUCACGCAACCUCUGCUUCCUGGGUUCAAGUGAUUCUCCUGCCUCAGCCUCCUGAGUAGCUGGGAUUACAGGCAUGGGCCACCACACCCGGCUAAUUUUGUAUUUUUAGUAGAGACGGGAUUUCUCCGUGUUGGUCAGGAUGCUCUCGAACUCCCGACCUCAGGUGAUCCGCCUGCCCUGGCCUCCCAAAGUGCUGGGAUUACAGGCAUGAGCCACUGUGCCCAGUGGAUCAUUUCUUAAUAUUGUCAAAUCUCUAGUCUGUUCAAAUUUACAUGAUUGUUUCAUGAUUUUUUUUUUUUUUUUGAGACUGAGUUUUAUUCUUGUUACCCAGGCUGGAGUGUAGUGGCACGAUCUUGGCUCACUGCAACCUCCACCUCCUGGGUUCAAGCGAUUCUCCUGCCUCAGCCUCCCGAGUAGAUGAGAUUACGGGCAUGUGCCACCACGCCCAGCUAAUUUUUGCAUUUUUAGUAGAGAUGGGGUUUUGCCAUGUUGGCCAGGCUGGCCUUGAACUCCUAAUCUCAGGUGAUCCACCCGCCUCAGCCUCCCAAAGUGUUGGGAUUAUAGGCGUAAGCCACUGCACCUGGCUUUUUGCUGUUUUUAAAAUAACAGGUUGGUUCUCUAGUCUCUAAAGAUGACAGCUAUGUGAUUUGGGUGUUGUUAUAAUAAUUUUUUUUUUUUUUUUUUUGAGACGGAGUCUCGCUCUGUCACCCAGGCUGGAGUGCAGUGGCGCGAUCUCAGCUCACUGCAAGCUCUGCCUCCCGGGUUCACGCCAUUCUCCUGCCUCAGCAUCUCCGAGUAGCUGGGACUACAGGCACCCGCCACCACGCCCGGCUAAUUUUUUUUUGUAUUUUUAGUAGAGACGGGGUUUCACUGUGGUCUCGAUCUCCUGACCUCGUGAUCCACCCACCUCAGCCUCCCAAAGUGCUGGGAUUACAAGCGUGAGCCACCGCGCCCGGCGAGACGGAGUCUUACUCCGUCGCCCAAGCUGGAGUGCAGUGGCGCGAUCUCGGCUCACUGCAACCUCUGCCUCCCGGGUUCAAGCAUUUCUCCUGCCUCAGCCUCCUGAGUGGCUGGGAUUACACAUGCCCACCACCAUGCCCAGAUAAUUUUUGUAUUUUUAGUAGAGAUAAGAUUUCACCAUGUUGGCCACACUGGUCUCGAACUUCUGACCUCGUGAUCCACCCGCCUCAGCCUCCCAAAGUGCUGGAAUUACUGGCAUGAGCCACUGCGCCUGGCCCCGAGUGCCAUUAUAAUGCCUAGAAUAAACAUACUGUUUAAUAUGUUUCAGCCUAUUGCUGAUAUUUUUCAUAUUGAGGUUCACAUUGCUCCAUUGUCGAAGCCCUUGGGAGCCUCUUCAGGUUACCUUGUAAGUCCCUUUGCCUCCACCCCAGUAGUCUUCAGUAGCUUUGAUAGAUAUUUUCGGUCACUGUGUACAUUUCCUGCCUAAGAUCUAUAGUCGGCUAUUUCUCCAAGGAGCACUGGUUCCAUUUAGGAGGAAAUGGUCUAGGUGCUGAGGAUGAAGCGUUAAUCUCAAUGUGAAUAAAGCUAGAAGUGAACAGUGCUGUGUAGUCCUUGAGGCUCUGAGCGGAUCUGGUUCCUCCUGUGGUCUCUGCUGAGAAUGCAGCUUCCUGUGGGAGAUGUCAAUCUUGUAACUGAAUGAUAGAAACAAUCAGAUAAAAAUGGUCCAUGUUUUAUUUGUUCGAUGUGAUCUUGUUCUCCAGGUAAAAGACAUGGUAAUAAUAGGUCUGCAGGUGACGCUAUUCACCUGCUUUUCCUAAGAGAUGCUGGGUCUUGAGGAACAGGCAGUAGAGACACUGAACUGCCUAUAGACUCACAUCUGGUAUCAUCAGGUUGGACCUGGGGUACUGUCUGGCUAACUAACACUUCCUGGCCCCCAUGACUGCAGAGUUCCAGGUUCUACAUCAGUACCCAGUUCUCUGAAAUAUGUACUCAUUGGGGUCUCAUGAAUAUGGAAUUGAAAUCCAUUUUACUGUUGUAUUCACUUAGAAGGAACAUAGCCUUUGUUUCCUUACUUAACCGUGUGAGCCACAGAGUAAGAAGAUAACCGUCUCUUUAAAAGCUGCUAUUUAGGUAGCUACCUUCAUGACAGAUAAAUCUUUUCCACAGGUUUGGAAAAUAUCAAAGAUGCAUCUGUUUCAUAAUUACAUGGUGGCUUUCUACCUAAUGAAUGCCUGUGUAGGCUGCUACAUUAAGCAUACAGAGAGUAUAGGAGAAGAAAGUUACUUCGUAUUUAUUUUUCAGGCUUUUCCUGUCUGUGUUCUCACUUCAUUAGUGUGGGGUUUCUGCAGACUGGGUCCCCAUGGAAGAGAGGUUGUGUCCUGCUCAUUGUGGUACGGCAGUGGCUUAAGGGAGAACUGGAGCCCUGACUUCACCCCCACUGCACUCCCUUUAUUUGACCUGGGAUUAAAAAAAAAAAAAAAAAAAAAGACAA